UAAAAAAAUAGAAUUGUUCGUCGUGGUGUUUAUGAUCUCCAACCCAAUACAAACCUAUCGACCUUGAGGAAUCAGUGGUGAUUCGUAGAAGCUGAGAACCGGGCUGAGAGGCACUAUCCAUUGUAGCAAUGAUCAAUUGAAUGAGACAGGGUUUCCAAAAAAUUCCAUGUCUCACAUUCUGAAUGGCCAUUUUUCCGCUCUGAAUGACUAGCAUGGGCGAUCUCCAUUCCCGAAAUCAGGUUGAACGAAAGUCACGUUCACGCCAAGCCGAUCACGGCACCGCCAUCCCGCAUGCCCAUCACUUCCCACGGCCGCGCAGCUGACUGGCCUUCGACGCUCAGGCCGCGAGCGCAUGACCCCGCCCAUACAUCCCCCCGGCCCGCGACGCCAACCCUCGUGACGCGCGCCGCUCUUCGAAUGCUGCCGUAGUGCUCCCCAAGAACCCGCGUAUAAGGUGGUGUCGUCGCACGCCACUUCUGCCUACCCCAUACCCCGCGAUGCCCACUGCACGCGUCCUCCUCCUACCUCCGCUGCUCCUGUCGCUCCUCGCGGGGCCCGCUACGGCGCUUGCACCCAAGGGUCCGUGGGACAAGUUCAACUAUGCGCCAAAAUCGAAAACGGUGUACCCGGCGAAGGUGUACCAGACUGUCGGCACCGUCGACAGCGCCGAAAAUCUGCUUCUGGAGGGUGGGAAGAAGCACAUUAGUGGGUCACUGGAGGGUGCGGCGCUAGCUGAACGAUCAUAUGUGACGCUGGACUUCGGUGUCGAGGUCGGCGGGCUCAUCUCGAUGAACAUCCUCCCUUCAAACAGUUCCACUGCCCCUUCCUUCUCCCUGUCUUUUACCGAGUCCCCGUCGUUCAUCCGCCCAACCGCCUCAGACGACUCGACGUUCCCAAACGCCACGACGCUUUACGACGGAAUCCUCCCCGUCACGGCCGCCGCGAGCACCUCCUCCUCCUUCUGGACGCAACCUCCAACGGCUCUCCGCGGGGGAUUCCGCUACCUGACGAUCGUGUCUAACUCGCCGGCGCUGCAGAUCGCCAACGUGAGCACGGCGAUCUCGUUCAUGCCGCACUGGGGCGCGAACGAUUUGCGAAAUUACACGGGGUACUUCUACGCGAAGGAUCCGGGCUUUCAUGACGAGGACUUUUUGACCAAAGUGUGGAUGGGUGGAGCAUAUACUGUGCAGACUAACACCGUGCCAGUCAACACUGGGCGGCAGAUCCCCAUGGUCUCUGUUGGACACUGGGCCAACAACGCGACCCUCGGCAUCGGGAGCCCCAUCAUCGUCGACGGCGCCAAACGCGACCGUGCAGUGUGGCCGGGCGACAUGGGGAUUGCCGUGCCGACGCAGUUCGUGUCGACGAAUGACCUCGUACCGACGCGCAAUGCGCUGGGGACGAUGUUCACGCACAUCAACCCGACGACAGGCGCGCUGCCCGAGUCGGGGCCGCCGCUGAGCCAGCUGAACAGCGACACGUACCACUGCUGGACGCUCGUGGGUACCCACAACUACUGGCUGUACACCGGCGAUUUGGAGUGGGUCAGCGGGAUCUGGACGAACUACACCAAGGCUGUGGCGUACGUCGAGGGGAAAGUGAACGCGACGAAUGGGCUGAUGAAUGUCACGGGACUGCGAGACUGGGCGCGCCAAGGCGGCGGAGGAUUCAAUGCAGAGGGAAAUGCGAUUUUGUACAAGGUGCUGAUGACGGCCUCUGAACUCGCUGCAGCCAUGUCACUCCCCGAUCUCUCUGCUGCUUAUGCGACCAACGCCACCAACCUGAAAGCGGCUUUCAACAAAAACUUUUGGCUGCCCGAGGCUGGGAUGUAUAAGGACAACUUGACCACAACUCUCACGCCCCAGGACGCUAACUCGUUUGCGAUCCUCUUCAACAUCACCGACUCGCCGGAGAAGCCGGCCCAGAUCAGCGCGGGGCUCGAGAAGAACUGGAACGAGCUCGGUGCAGUUGCCCCUGAGCUGCCCAACACCAUAUCGCCGUUCAUCGGCGGAUUCGAGCUGCAAGCCCACUUCGUAGCCGGCAAUGCGACUCGCGCUCUCGAUCUGCUGCACCGCGAAUGGGGAUUCAUUCUGUACACGAAUCUGUCCGUGCAGAGCACCAUGCUCGAGGGCUUCACCGCCGUCGGCGGACUGGACUAUCGCGCCAUCGUCGGAUACAAUCAAGAUCCGGCGUACACCUCCCACUCGCACGGCUGGUCGAGCGGGCCCACGUCUGCGCUCACGAUCUACGUCCUCGGGCUGUCUGUGACCAAGGUGCAGGGCUCUGAAUGGUCCUUCGCACCGAGUCUGGCGGGACUCCCCGCGGCGGAAGGUGGAUUCGAGACGCCGCUCGGCUGGUUCGGCGCUAAAUGGACGUGGAAUGGGAAGAAGUUUAGUGCCCAGUUGGAUGUGCCCGCUGGCACGACGGGGCUGGUCGUCUUGCCGAGUGAGGUGGCCGGGGGAUCCGUCCAGGUCGACGGGAAACGGGCACCGGCGUUUGAGGGGCCACACUUUACUUUGGCGGGUGGGAAGCACAAGAUAUCUGUAGCUCUCUAGACUCUGUUUGCCUACGGAUGGAAGGCUCGAAACAUGUACAUUUGACCAGGCAGCUGCCGAAACUCAAAUUCUUGUGCAGAUACGGUAACGCAAUCGACAUCUGAGAUAGUCAUCUAUCUCAUCCAUGUUCCCUGCCAUGCGUGCAAGCAAGAUCAGCGCCCAUGCCCAAUCUAUCGCACCCGAAGCCUGAUUGAGUGCGACUUGCAUCUGACCUGCUACGGUCUCUACUGACUUGGCUUAGACCAGCAUCUCAAACACCUCAAUCUCUCCUUGGGGGAUUGGAGAAGCGACCAUAAAUCUCCAUCGGUACAUGGUUCAGCCUCAUCUCCAUCUGCCGCGAUCGUUCUCGCGCCCAUCUACCCCCGUCGCAUUCCAGAACGCAUACUACGCCAGUCCACAGAUCCCCCAGUCCCCAUUCCUUCCCCCGUCACCGUAUCUCUAUCCACCAUCUCCCCGCACGGAUGCAGCGAUCCCAGUGCACGCAGCCGCAUCGCCCAAUGGGCACUCGCUGCUCGGGCUGCCCAUGACGCGCCGUGAACGCACGGUGUCGUGGCACGCCCCGCGGGGCCCCGUCGCCUCGCCCGGUCUCCUGCACGCGCAUUCAUACGGCGGCCCCGCGGGGACCACCGUCAGCGAUCCCGGCGCGCAGGGCGGAUACCGCCCGAAGCACCGCAAAGCCAAGUCGUCCACGUCGUCGAUCCCUCUCCCACCCACUUGGGCCUUGUACCAGUCUCUACCGGGCGAGGGCGGCGACGGGAUCCUGCACGGACACCAGGUCCAUCCGCUCCUGCACGGAGGCGCGGUGACGUUCGAUGUGGCCCACAGCGCCUUCACUCCGCUCCAUGCCGCGCCGCAGGCUCCCGGGGAGCCCAGCCAUACACGAGCACUAUCGCAGGACGAGCUCAGCGAGGGCGCAUUCCACCCGCCGCGCACGUCCCUGCGGCUGGUACUGGACGACUUCGCCGCACGGGACUGGGACAUCGAGCUCGCGCUGCCGGAGCCCGCGCCGCACCUCAACCCGGCGCUCAUCCUGAGCGCGACGUUCCGCGCGGAGACGCCGCGCUCGCCGCCGCCGCCGAUCACGCUCGGCGACAUCCUCGCCGCGGUGCACCACACGCUGCAUAAGCGCGUCGCGCAGGCGGACUGGGACGCGUUGGACCACGUGGCGCAGGCGGGUGUCGCACGUGCGUUUAGAAGACGGUGUCGUGCGGAGGCGCAGCGCCGUGGGGGUGCUGCGAGUGUGGCGGAGCGGGAGGCCGAGGAACAAAAGAAGGGGAUGAAGCGGGUCGAUUUCUUGCGUGAGAAGACGGCAUUUGGAGGAUUGAUCAGGGCGGAGGGGCUUGGCGGUGGUGUGGUCGGCGUUUGUAUGAUCGGGCUGGGUUGACACUGGAGAGCGCUGGUGGUUUCCACUUUUUUUUGGCUGUGCAGUUGCACGUGUCGGCACUCAAACUCAGAUAGCGGUAGUGAGAGAUAGAACGUAUAAUGUAAGAAUUCACAAACAAUCAACAGAUGUGGCGCCAGACCCAGUCAGCCUUCGAUCUUGCGGCAAGGUUUUUGCAUAAAUGUCAUGCCAUCUUGUCCUGAGCCCGGUUCGAACCCGGUGCACCCGUCGGAUUCCACGUGAUCCUAAACGGCCCGUUGUCCGACGAAGAUCGAGCACCUGACCAAAA